UUUUUGGGCUCAAUUGCCCUGCAGGAGAGGGACUUUAAUGUCCACCAAUCAUCAGUACGAAAGACCAACUCUGGAGUUUACCCUUUCAAGGCUUCAGCCAAAAUGAUCUGAACCAAAGAACCAGGUCGGAGAAAGGAGGAGUAAAAAAAUGAAUCUGUCUACUCUACUGGAACAGGCCCUACUAAUAAAAUUAAGGUAGCAUGAGUAGGGUUGGUGGGUUACGUGUCACGCCCUCCGACAACUUGAUGAUUUUGAUAAGAACCUAGUUUAUCCUUUUAGUCUUCCCCAAAUAUAGAGAGCACCCAUCAUCGCAAAUCUCCAUAGAUUGUUUUAGGAAUGCUUCUAACGUUUUUUUUAGCCUCACUUUCUUUGAGGGAUCAUGGCUGCCAAGAGGAUGAAAAUCCAGCUGCCAAGCCUGCCAUGAAUUUUUGAAGUCCAAGUGGCACACAGACUGGUGUGUGUGUGUGUGUGUGUGUGUGUGUGUGUGUGUGUGUUGAGAGAGAGAGAGAAUUUGUGGUGUGGGGGUUGGGGUGAGUUUUGAGAUAGUGGGUUUGAAAAAAGAAAGAGGGAAAUGGCAAAGCGGUGAGUGAAACAGAGAAAUUAAAGUGGAGUCUAGCUAGAUAGACAAAGAGGGAUGGGAAUAAAAGAUUUUAUUGUAUCGAUAAAAGGAAGUCAAGCACAAAGAAUUUGAAUUUUGGAAAUUUGGAGAGAGAGAGAGAUGGAGAGAGAGGAAAAAGGUAGAGCGAGAGAGGGGAAAAAGCAGGAGGAAUUCAUGGGAAUAAAGUUGCAACGCGGAAUUCUGGUUGGUAAAAGAGGGGGGACUUGUACUACUCCUUCACCCACAUGGAAAUUUGGGUUUGUUCAACCCCAUGACUGUAGUCGUACUGAGGAACAAGAUCUCAUUUUUCAAACCGACACCACCGCCACUACACUCUCUGCUAGGAAACUCGGGGCUAAUCUUUGGGAGGCUCUGCCCCUACUCACGGCGGCGAAGAUGAGCAAAGUCGGUGGUGCUAGGUUCCCCCACCGCCGCCGGCGGAAUCAGAAGGACAAGGGUUUUCAACUUCCUACCCGAGUGGAUGAACAAUUUCCUGGUAAACCACAUGAGGAGCCAGAAAGUGAUAGUAGUUUGAGAAGACAUGUUGCAGCUUCACUGAUUCAAUACCAUCGUGCCAUUGAAAGAAAUGGUCAUGCCCUACAGCCUGUUUCUCCUGCCAGUUAUAGUAGCUCAAUGGAGGUAGCACCAUAUAAUCCUGCUAUCACCCCAUCUAGUUCUGUGGAGUUCAAGGGCCGACUUGGAGAAUCAACUUUCAACCUUAAAACAUCCACAGAGUUACUCAAAGUACUCAAUCGCAUCUGGAGUCUUGAAGAACAGCAUGCAUCCAACAUGUCAUUAGUGAAUGCUAUGAAAAGGGAACUGGAGCACUGCCAUGCACGAAACAAAGAGUUACUGCGUGAAAAGAAAAGGACUCAACAAGAAAUGGAUGAGUUAAUGAAGCAAGUUACAGCAGAUAAAAUUGGUAGAAAAAAUAAGGAGCAAGAUCGAAUAAAGGCAGCAGUUCAGUCAGUGAGGGAUGAGUUAGAUGAUGAGAGGAAGUUGAGAAAGCAUUCUGAAAGCCUUCACCGGAAGCUAGCUCGAGAAAUUUCUGAAUUGAAAAGCUCGUUCUCUAGUGCUUUGAAAGACCUAGAAAGAGAGAAAAAAGCGCGAAUUUUGCUGGAAGACUUGUGUGACGAAUUCGCUAAGGGAAUAAGAGAUUAUGAACAAGAGGUGAGGUUUUUGAAACACAAGCCUGAGAAGGAUCGCACUCAUAGGGAAAGCCCUGACCGUUUGAUCCUCCAUCUUUCUGAAGCUUGGCUAGAUGAACGGAUGCAGAUGAACCUUGCUGAACCUCAGUAUGAUCUUGCAAAGAAGAACAAUAUUGUGGAUAAGCUUAGCCUUGAAAUAGAAACUUUUCUUCGAGCCAGAAAUUCUGUGGGUUCUAUUAAUAUGAACGACUUAAGCUUAUCCCACAAAAAGCCUAUGGAAAGUAGCCUACAUAUGCAUUCUUCGGAGUCCUUUCACUUGAAUGCGGCUGGCAGUGCUCCUCAUAAUGCCGAUGAGGAGGAAGAUUCUACUAGUAGUGAUUCAAAUUGCUUCGAAUUAACUAGGGUUUCUAGUGGAAAGCAAAACAUCAACAGUAGCUCUAAACAAAAUGGGAAUGAUGUUUCAGAAAGCCAUAGUAGAGAAAAAGUCAGAUCAAACUCUACAAGGAAGAAGGUCCAGUCACAAGAAAUUGGAUCAGAAGACCUUGUUGAAUUGGGAGAUUCCCAGAAGUUUGAAAAAAGUGAGGGUGCAAAAGUUCUCGAGGAUAUAAAGAAAAGAAGUGUGGGGAAUCCUGGACUGAACAGUAAUCAUAUGUUCAGUAACUCGGCAAGAAAUCAUUCUUUGUCGUUGCAAGGGGGAAAGCUACACGCGGAGAAAAAUGGAACAGAAGAUUCUCGUGGUCACUCAGCACUUCGAGGUCAUGCUAGUCCUGUUCAACCGUGGGUAUCAAGAUUCACAACACCAGAUAUUGAAGUAUCUGAAACUUCUUCUAGAUGGCCUCAGAGCUUGGGAGAUAACACUUUGAAGGCUAAGCUUCUUGAAGCAAGAUUAGAGGGGCAGCGUUCUCACUCAAAACCAACUAAGAGUUCUUCAUAGCCUGAUUGAACUGUCAUUUGCCGGCCAUAACCAGCUUUCCGACGAAGAAAUUUUGGUUCUGUGUAUACUGGCCGAUGUCGUUGCAGUAAUUUAAAAAUAGGUGCCAUGUUUAUGCUUUAUUUAAAAUUUUUGGAUUUACUUUUGUAAAUGAUAAGAUAUUGUCGUCCACCUGCUUAGAUCAGCUAGAAUUCAAAUGCUCUAUCAAAGAUUUCGAACUGUACUGUGCAUUUUGAAGUUCAUUGUCUAUGGAAUUUGCUUUAACUUGCUAUCAUCAAA